CCUCUGACCGAUCGAUCGACCGACCGACGGGGGGACGAUCUUUGCGUCUCGUUCACGAAAUCUCUCUCUCUCUGGAAUCUGCAACCCCUAAAACGAACGGUGAAACUGGGAACGAUGACAAGCUGAGGGUUUAUCAAAGAAAAAUAAGGCAUAUUUGUUCUCAACCAUGUCUGAUGAACACUCGAACGAACCCUUGCUACAGCUGAUCAAGAAAUUUGGAGGUUAUCUGUCUCUCAAAAUGUCUAAGCUCUUCCCCAUCUCGCUUCGCAAUCUGGAUUCACACUCUGUUGGGGCAGUAGCAGGCCUUGCUGUGGCGAUACUGUUUACUUGGAGAUUUUUGAGGUCGCCGAGUACACCUAGAAGGCCACCCAAACGGCAAGCUAACGCGCCUAGUUCUUCUAGUAUUAGCUCAAAUGCAAAUCUGACCCCAUCAGGAUUAGAGUCAUAUUUGGAAGAUUCGCAAACACAAGAUGUUGAUGACUUUUUUCAGCCUGUAAGGCCCACUCUAGGACAAGUAGUUAGGCAGAGAUUGAGUGAAGGAAGGAAGGUAACAUGCCGUUUGCUUGGGGUUAUCCUUGAGGAAACCACUCCAGAGGAACUUCAGAAACAUGCAACUGUCAAAUCUUCUGUCCUGGAAGUUCUGCUGGAAAUAACAAAAUGUUGUGAUCUAUAUCUAAUGGAAAGAGUACUGGAUGAUGAAAGUGAGAAAAGGGUUGUCCUUGCUCUGGAAGAUGCUGGAGUGUUUACAUCUGGAGGUUUGGUUAAGGACAAGGUUCUCUUUUGUAGUACAGAGAUUGGGCGAACAUCUUUUGUUCGACAACUUGAACCAGACUGGCACAUGGAAUCAAAUAUUGAAGUUGUCACCCAGCUAUCGCGAUUCAUCAAAUAUCAACUACACAUCGCACCUGGAAGAACGGAAAGAACUUCUUCUGCUAAUAUUUUCAGCUCUCUGUCUUUGGAACAGUUCUUCGGAUGUGGUUGAUGCAAAAAGAUGGUAAAUACUCAUUUUAAGAUAUAUUUCUAUGUUUUUUUUCUUCUGAGAAUUAGGUCAUUUUGCUUAGAAAUGCCUGUCUGUAAUUUAUAAUAACUACAUUAAGCAAAUGUUGUCGUGUUCUUUUGUAUUUGUUUUCAGCCUUUGAACAGAACUGAUCGAAACACAUUUCCUGUGUCUUCAUGCUAUUUAGGAAGUUUUUUGUUAACAAAGAAAUCGAUUGUAACAUAUUCAUAGACAAGAUGGUGUUUUUUCUUUAUUGCCUAUGGGGAAAAGGAGAUGUAAUUAAUUAUACUU